AUGGCCAAGUUCGUCGUCUACGAGAAGGUCUCUGAGGCUGUCUUCCGCAAGUUCCCCAAGAAGGACCUCUCCGACGGCAUGCAGACCGUUGCCAACCUUGGCUCUGGUCUGAUUGCUGGUUUCGCCGCCGCCAUUGUUUCUCAGCCCGCCGACACCAUGCUUUCCAAGAUCAACAAGACCCAGGGUCUCCCUGGUGAGGGCACUGUCUCUCGUCUCAUCAAGAUCGGUAAGGAGCUCGGUCUCCGUGGCUCUUACUCCGGUAUUGGUGCCCGUCUCUUCAUGGUUGGUACUCUUACCGCCGGUCAGUUCGCCAUCUAUGGUGAUCUCAAGAAGGCCAUGGGCGCAACAGGAGGUGUAGAAAUCGCUGCUUAA